AGACCAGACCUGUAAUGAGUCGGGCCGGAAGGACCUGUCACAAAAUGGGGUGGGCCGUGCCGGGACAAUUUUGACAUCCCUAGUAAAAACCACAUUGACUCGAUUUUUAUUUUGGAAAGAAUAUAGGAAAUCAUUUUCCUCAUAAGGGUUUAUAUUUUCUUCCUUGAAAUACUUACUCUUAUAUGUAUUUGUUUCUCUGGAUGAAUGUUCACUCUUAAAUUUUUUACUACUCGAUUAAGCACUUGUAUCCGAAGAUAUUAUCAUAUGACAUAGACAAGUAGUGAUACUCUAGAAAAUAACAUUCAUAAUAACUUACUAAUUGCUAGAUCAAAUAAUUUCCAAGUUUCAUCCUCACCUAUGUGGACAACUCAAAAGAAUCUGGAUCCUUCAAGUAGCAGUCAUAAAAUAAUGGUUAGAAGAAGUUUUGUGAAACUUUAUCAAAUAUUCUUUUCAUAAACCUUUUAUUUCAUUUUUGUUACAAUCAAAGCAAGUCGCCGAGCAAACUCGAGUGCUACCGUUCAUAAUAAAGAAAAAAAAUCCAGUGCUACUCUUUUGCACAACAAAUUGUUGCGACAUUCGAUCUGUUCUUAUUAUCCUCUGCUUUCUCUUACCCUUUUCACCAUUUCAACGGAAACCACUUUGAUGGAAAAUAAUAAUAAUGCUUCACAAUACAUUGGCAUUACAAAUAAAUUAUUUCAUUAAUCUGCAUCUAAUCCUUUGCCAUUUUGGUUUCUGCGGUCCAUAGCAUUGCAGCCUCUAUGUAGAAAGAAUCCUAUUCCAGUAUUCCCCAGCUUGCCAAUCACAACUCUGCUGCAAAUUUCAUUAUUUUGCGGCCACUCCAGAGCUCUAUAUAAGAAUCCUGCCCACGAAGUUACAUUUCCAAGCCAGGGUGUUCUUUUCAAAUAGACCAAGCAAACCAACCAUACACAGCAAGUAACAGCUAUGAGUUACUACAAUUUCCCUCUUUUCCAGAGAAGAAGGUCGACCCUAGUAAGCUCCUUUGAUUUCAAGUUCCCCAACCCUGGUGGAUAUAAUUCACACAAGAGGCCUGCACCAUCUGGGUUUGCAGAGCCACCGUCUGCAAACCAGUGGAAGCUUUACCCCGAGACAUCCAGGGAGAGCUUCAAGAAGCCACCUGGUGUGGUAGAGGUUCAUUCUGCAAGCCAGUGGAAGGCCUUUGUUGACGAUUCCAGGGAGAAUAACAAGUUGUUGGUCAUACAGUUCACUGCAACAUGGUGUGGGCCUUGUCGACUCAUGGAACCUGCCAUGGAAGAGUUUGCUGCUAAAUACGCAGAAGUCAUGUUCAUCAAGAUCGACGUUGACAAGUUGCCGUCGGUGGCUCGCCAAUAUGAUGUUCAGAUAAUGCCUGCAUUUGCAAUGAUCAAGAAAGGGAAAGAGGUUGAUAAGGUGGCAGGAGUCAAAAAGACUGAACUUCGGAACAAGAUUGAAAAGCAUAGGCUUUGAAGAUCCAAGCAUUGUCAUGAAUUGACUGAUGAGCUUUGUAGUAUCAUCAGACGCAUCACACAGGCAAAGGAAGCAUCAGAAGAAUAAAAAUUAGGCCAAUUGAUGGCAAUUAUCCCCUCAGCCAAAACUAGAGUAUAAUCCAUAUUCUAUAGUCAUAUCAUUCCACUAGUUCAAAAUAACCCUGGUAUGUCGAUUUCUCAGUCAUGAACUCGGCAGACAAAACUUAUGCAAAAGUUGGUAUGACACCUCCCUGUUCAAUAUUAUUCAGCUCAGAUAUAUCUGAGCAUUUUACAAUCUCCACUUACAGAGUAUGUAACACUUAUUCAGAUAAAAUAUCCAGAUGUGAAACUCAGAUAAAAAGAGGUUCUUCUUCCCCUUCAUUUGCAGGGGAAGGGAGAAUAAGAUUAGGAUUCUUGA